UUGGCCAUUUUGCCGACUCCUGCCCUGAACCUGAAAGAUUAUGCUACAAUUGCAAGCAACCAGGACACGAGGCUAACCAAUGCCCUCAGCCUAGGACCGCUGACUCCAAACAAUGCUAUUCUUGCGGUAGUGGUAGUUGGGCACCUUCAAGCAGAAUGUCCCACCGUGAGAAAUGGCGGUGGUAAUGGUCGUUGCCAUAAUUGUGGCCGUUAUGGUCAUUUGGCGCGUAACUGCACAGCAAAUGGUUAUGGCCGAGGCGGCGGUGGUCGUGGCGGAUAUAGUAGUCGUGUUAUUUGUUAUAAAUGUGGUGGAGCUAAUCACUUCGCUCGGGACUGCAAGGCUAAUGGUGUGAAGUGUUACAACUGUGGCCGCUUUGGUCAUUACUCUCGUGAUUGUACCAACUCUCAGGGGGAUAAAUCCGUCAAGACCUGUUACCGCUGCAAAGAACGCGGUCACAUUUCUAAGGAUUGUCCCAAUGCCUUACAAUCUAAUUAA